AUGGAGAAGACAGAUACGGCCGAGGUGCUGGAUGUGUCUCAAUGGCCCACGGCAAAAGAGUUCGUUUCUCGAUGCUGCGAAUUUCUGAAUGAGGUACAGGACUUGACUCCCGGGAAAGCUCUAGAGACGCGACUCAAUCAAGACUAUGGACCUGGCAACCCAUACUAUGAAGAUUUCUGCACCUACAUCAAACAAGGUCUUGAGGAAGGAUGGGUAGCGCAAACUGAGAUCGAAGGACGCAAAUACCGGCGGGGGAAGAUCGCACUGCCUUCAGCUUCAACGAGAUAUUUCAGCAUCACAACGGUCUACAUGGAUAGUGAAGCCGAGUUCAAGGGACAAUAUCACGCUCAUCCGUACGGCGAGAUAAAUUGUGUUAUUCAGCUAGAUCCCGUGGCUGAACUCAAGGGAAUGCAAGGCUGGCAAGGUGCUGGUUGGACUUCACCCGGACCUGGGACACAUCACUAUCCUGAAGUCCAUAAAGGGGCCCUAGUUGCGCUCUUUUUUCUUCCUGCAGGCCGAAUUUCUUAUGAUGCAAAGCCCGGUACACCUCAACCAUUGUCAAUUUGA